AUGCUGCUCCAGAUGUUGACUGCUGCUCUGCUUGACUCAGACAGCUGCUCAGAAAAUGGGAAAGUCUACUCCAACAAUCAGAUCUGGAGGCCAGAGCUGUGUCGGGUCUGUGUGUGUGACAUGGGGGCUGUAGUGUGUGAGGACGAGGUGUGUGAGGAGCUCAGUGACUGCCGGGCGACUGUGGUCCCGGAGGGCGAGUGUUGCCCCGUGUGCUCCACCGCAGCACCGCCUCACAGAACAGACCCCGACGCAGAUACCUGCACAGAAAACGGCACGACCUACUCCAACAAUCAUAUAUGGAGCCCAGAGCCGUGUCGAGUCUGUAUAUGUGAUAUGGGGACGGUGGUUUGUGAGGACGUGGUGUGUGAGGAGCUAGGGGACUGCGAGACAACCGAGGCCCCUGAGGGCGAGUGUUGCCCCGUGUGCUCAGCAGCCGCACCACAUCCUCCUAGCGCGGACAAUAAGACUGAUUCCUGUACGGAGGACGGCAAAGUCUACUCCAACAAUCAGAUAUGGAAACCAGAGCCGUGUCAAGUCUGUAUAUGUGAAAUGGGGACGGUGAUUUGUGAGGACGUGGUGUGUGAGGAUGUAGGUGACUGCCAGACCCUAGAGAUCCCAGAGGGCGAGUGCUGCCCCGUGUGCUCGGCUGAGGCACAGCGGCCUCACACUCAAACUAAAGCUGACACCUGCACGGACAAUGGAAAAGUGUACACCGACAAUGAAAUGUGGAGCCCGGAGCUGUGCCGGGUGUGCGUGUGCGAUAAGGGGACCACAAUGUGUGAGGACGUGGUGUGUGAGGACCUCAGGAACUGCGAGAAAACGAUGACCCCGGAUGGAGAGUGCUGCCCCGUGUGUUUGACUGCAGCUUCAGCGUUGACACCGGGAGCAGACCCAGAAACAGUUCCGGAUGAGAAGAAAGACAAAAAUUGCAAAGUGGAAGAUGAGGUCCAUCACCACAACGACAUCUGGAAACCCGAGCCUUGUCAAGUGUGCGUCUGUGACAACGGCGUCGUCAUCUGUGAUGAGAUUCAGUGUGAAGUCCUGUCAAACUGUGAGAAAGUAGUUACCCCUGAGGGAGAGUGCUGCCCCGUGUGUGACAGCUUCUCCAGCGCCAGCAGGGUGAUAGAACUGAUUGGCUUCAAGGGACAGAAAGGUGAACCGGGUGACAUCCCAUAUGUGGUGGGACUCCCUGGACCUUCAGGACCAUCGGGUCCUCCAGGAGCUCAGGGACACACUGGACCAAGAGGCUUUAAAGGCAGGAAGGGAUUCCCAGGUCCCCCCGGAUUCGAUGGAGAGCCUGGUAUACCAGGAAACCCAGGAGCACCAGGACCCCCUGGCCAUCCUUCCCAUCCUGGGGGCACCCUGGUGUCACACAUGGCUACAGGUUUCAAUGAGAAGUCCGGUCCGUCUGCGAUGUUAACAGGAGAAAGAGGUGAACCUGGACCACGGGGUCUUCCAGGAUCACCUGGAUCACAAGGUCCACCUGGUGGUCAGGGAAUUCCCGGAGAGGCUGGAGAUCCAGGACCAAUGGGGGAGCCAGGUCAUCGAGGACCAGAUGGUCCACCAGGAAAACCAGGACUUGACGGAGGAUCUGGACCUGCAGGUGCAACAGGAGAACCAGGAUUUCCAGGCUCAUCGGGCGCAAGAGGAUUCCCAGGACUUCCAGGUCUCCCAGGGCUGAAAGGCAGCAAAGGAACUUUUGGACUUCCUGGGGCAAAAGGCGAGUCUGGAGCUGUUGGAAGCAAGGGAGCAUCUGGUACUCCUGGUGCAAUGGGCGCUCCUGGACCACUGGGACCUGCUGGUUUGCAGGGAGAAAGAGGCAGAAUUGGAGCAACUGGUCCUGUGGGUAAACGUGGUGCAUCCGGCCAUGUUGGUAAACCAGGUCCUCUGGGUCCAAUAGGAAUCCCCGGUAUGCCAGGAUUUCCUGGUAGUCCAGGAAUGAAGGGCGAAGCAGGACCAACAGGGGUAAGAGGAACACCAGGACAGCAGGGACCCAGGGGCGAGGCUGGACGCGUAGGACCACCUGGACCCAUGGGACAGCAGGGUGCCGGAGGAACUGAUGGAGCACCUGGUGCCCGUGGACAAUCAGGUCUAGCAGGAGUCCAAGGUCCAGCAGGCCUCCUCGGCCCACCUGGUCCCCCCGGGCCCCAGGGAACUACAGGAACACCAGGACCUAAAGGCCAACUGGGUGAUGUUGGGUUGCCUGGAUUCAAAGGAGAAGCUGGUCUGAAGGGAGAAAGAGGGGACCACGGUGCUCAGGGUCCAUUAGGCCCCAUGGGAGAUGAAGGAAAACGAGGAACAAGAGGAGACAGUGGAUCCAUUGGGCCUCCAGGACCUCCAGGAGAAACAGGGGCACCAGGAAACAGAGGCUUCCCUGGUGCAGACGGUUUACCAGGACAAAAGGGUGCCCAGGGUGAAAGGGGGCUGCCAGGGUCGAAUGGUGCCAAAGGUUUAGGUGGAGAUCCAGGACGUGGUGGAGAGCCAGGUUUAACAGGAGCUCGGGGUCUCACUGGACUGAUUGGCGCCCAAGGACCAGAGGGAAACCCAGGACCAGUGGGCUCAGCAGGAGAGGACGGCAAACAAGGCCCGGCUGGUUCUACUGGAGGUAGAGGUGCAGCUGGACCAAUGGGCCUCCCGGGACCAAAGGGCUUUGCAGGGGAUGCUGGGAAAAUUGGGGAGGCCGGAAGUCCUGGACCUCCAGGCCAAAGGGGAGUCAAUGGAAAAGAUGGAGAGGAAGGCGCUGCCGGUCCAACUGGUCCAGCUGGUCCUGCAGGAAAAAGAGGCGAGCAGGGACCCCAGGGAGUGAGCGGUUUCCAGGGUUUGCCCGGACAACCAGGACCUCCUGGAGAAUCAGGAAAACCAGGUGACGAGGGCCUUGCUGGAGAAGUUGGUGCUGCUGGAGCCACAGGUCCAAGAGGAGAAAGAGGCCCUCCUGGAGAAAGGGGCGACAUUGGGCCCAAUGGUCUGCAGGGACCAAAAGGUAGUCCAGGUGGACCAGGACCAGAUGGGCCAAAGGGCAACCCUGGUCCAACGGGCUCUGCUGGAGAGCCAGGCGGUCCAGGACUUCAGGGGAUGCCAGGGGAGAGAGGCAUUCCAGGAAUUUCAGGACCAAAGGGAGAUGCUGGCUCUGCUGGAGAGAAAGGACCAGAAGGCAAAGCAGGAGCAGAUGGUGCAAGGGGACUUCCUGGUUCAGUUGGACCUGCUGGACCUACCGGACCAAAUGGAGAGAAGGGUGAAACUGGCCCACCAGGACCUGCAGGACGUCGAGGCUCAAGAGGAAUCGCUGGUUCUACAGGCCAACCUGGUCCAACUGGUGCUGCCGGCUUUCCUGGACCUUCUGGUCCUGAUGGCCAGCCUGGGGUCAAAGGUGAAACAGGUGAGCCAGGCCUGAAGGGAGAAACAGGAGCGCCUGGACCUCAAGGGACGGCUGGGAAACCAGGAGCACAGGGACCUGUUGGUGUGAAUGGACUGAAAGGUGGAAGAGGAACCAAAGGUCCAGCUGGGUCUCCCGGUUUUCCUGGGUUGCCCGGAGGAGUUGGUCCAGUCGGCGCUCUUGGUGCUGUUGGGGCUGAUGGGCCUAUUGGUGCUCCAGGAAAGCGGGGUCCUGGUGGGAUUCGAGGGGAGAACGGAGCACAGGGACGUCAAGGCGAGAGCGGACCUCCAGGUCCACCAGGAAGCCCUGGAGAGAAAGGAGACUCUGGAGAAGAUGGACCGCCGGGUCCUGAUGGACCUCCAGGACCUGCUGGUACUUCAGGACAGCGUGGAGUUGUCGGCCAGCCUGGAAUCAGAGGAGAAAGAGGAAUGUUGGGACUUCCAGGUCCUGCUGGUCCACCAGGAAAACCUGGAGCAUCUGGAACUCCAGGCAGUAAAGGUCCACCUGGUGGGGUUGGUUUACCAGGAGCAACCGGGCCAAGAGGAGACGCUGGACCUGAGGGUAUUGCUGGAGCAGAGGGGUCUCCCGGUAAAGAUGGCCUCGUAGGGGAAAGGGGAGACAAAGGUGAACCUGGUCCAGAGGGCCUAGCUGGUGCUACAGGGUCCCCUGGUAGUGAAGGUCCAGUGGGAAGUACUGGUAGUCCAGGAGAAAGAGGCGAAAACGGUGCUAAAGGCCCCCCAGGAGCACCAGGACCAGCUGGAGUACGAGGAAAAGUGGGCCCACAAGGACCACAGGGAGAUAAAGGAGCAGCUGGAGAGCCAGGAGAGAGGGGCCAGAAAGGACAUAGAGGUUUCACUGGACUUCAUGGCCUACCUGGAAUAACAGGCGCCACUGGAGAUCAUGGAGCUACAGGGAUUGUUGGACCAGCAGGGCAGAGGGGUCCUCCUGGAGUGUUGGGUCCUCCAGGAAAAGAAGGAAACAUCGGCCAGCCUGGACCAAUGGGUGCUCCUGGAACCAGAGGGUCCAGUGGAGACAUUGGAGCUCAGGGUCCACCUGGUGAACCCGGACCUCCCGGCCCUCCAGGCUCCCCAGGACCUCCCACCACGGCUGUGGACGACUUAUUUGCUGGCCUGGUCGAUUAUGAUGAGAAUGGCGGCGGUCCUGAUGUCCUGGAAUUUGUUGAGGGCGAUCUAGCUGCUGAUCCUCCGCCUCCAGAGUUCAACAGAGAUGAAGCCCUUCCCAAUAAGAACCAAGCCAUCCUGAGUUCGGAGACCGGCGUCCACGCCACACUGAAGACCCUCAGCGGUCAUCUGCAAAACCUCCGCAGUCCUGACGGCAGCAAAAUGAACCCUGCAAAAACCUGCCAGGACAUCAAGCAGUGCUAUCCUGAGAAACAGUCUGGUGAGUACUGGAUUGAUCCAAACCAAGGAAGCACAAAAGAUGCCAUUAAAGUCUUCUGCAACAUGGAAAGUGGUGAAACCUGCAUCUCUGCGAACCCGGCCAACAUUCCCCGCAAAGCCUGGUGGACCAAAUCUAAUCCCACUGCCAACAAACCCAUCUGGUUUGAAGCUGACAUGAACGGUGGAACGAGAUUCCACUAUGGGAAUAAAGAGGAGCAGCCAAACGCGGUAGCAGUUCAGCUGAAGCUCCUGCAGCUUCUGUCCAAGGAGUCGCACCAGAACAUCACCUACCACUGCAAGAACAGCGUGGCUUAUAAAGACGAGAAGAACGCCAACCUGAAGAAAGCUCUGGUCCUCAAAGGCUCAAAUGGCCAAGAACUCAGAGCUCAAGGCACCAAC